UGACCUCCUCCCGGUUUCUACGGCCGCUGGAACUUCAAUCGUUAAACCCGCUCAAAUAUACCCAUACAGACACUGGCACACACAUGAGGGCAUGGCAGCUGUGUUCGGCAAGCUCCAGAUUGGCAUUUAUGUGGAGAUCAAGCGCAGUGAUGGCAGAGUACACCAGGCCAUGGUGACAUCACUGAAUGAAGACAAUGACAGUGUGACCGUGGAGUGGAUUGAAAAUGGAGACACAAAAGGGAAAGAGAUCGAUUUGGAGAGCAUCUUUGCACUGAAUCCAGACAUUGCGCCUGAUGAGGAAAUCGCACAAAGUCCAGAAACUCCUCCGCCCCCUGUGUCAAGUUCCAUCAAAAUCAACAAGAUUCCCCAAAACAAGAAUCGUCGAACAGUAGCUCCACCUAAAACUGAACCACCCGCAAGGGAUAAUCGAGGUACGACUCGAGCACGGCCGAGCCAACAGAUUGAAGCACUUCCAGCUGCGCCUGCGCCACCUCCACCGAUUCAAAACCAAACCCUACAGCAGAACGCUCGCAGGAAGUCCAACUGUGUGAAGGAGGUGGAGAAACUUCAGGAGAAAAGAGAGAGAAGACGAUUGCAACAACAGGAGCUGAGAGAGAAGAGAGCACAGGAGGUCGAUGCCACAACCCCUAAUUAUGAAAUUCUGUGUAUGAUCCGAGACUUCAGAGCGAGUCUGGAUUACAGGCCACUGACAACUGAGGAUCUGAUCGAGGACCACCGGAUAUGUGUGUGCGUGCGGACACGCCCACUAAACAAGAAAGAGCUGACCUUGAAGGAUCUUGACGUCAUCACCAUCCCCAGUAAAGACGUGGUGAUGGUCCAUGAACCCAAGCAGAAAGUGGAUUUAACAAGAUACCUGGAGAACCAGACGUUUCGUUUUGAUUAUGCUUUUGAUGAUACUUCGACAAAUGAAAUGGUUUACAGGUUUACCGCUCGACCGCUGGUUGAGACCAUAUUUGAGAGGGGAAUGGCAACCUGUUUUGCUUACGGUCAAACGGGCAGUGGAAAAACUCAUACAAUGGGAGGAGAUUUUUCAGGAAAGAAUCAGGAUUGCUCGAAAGGGAUCUAUGCACUUGCUGCACGGGAUGUUUUCCUCAUGUUAAAAAAACCUAUCUACAAAAAGUUGGAUCUUCAGGUUUAUGCGACUUUCUUUGAAAUUUACAGUGGGAAGGUGUUUGACCUUCUAAACAGGAAGGCGAAACUGCGUGUGUUGGAAGACGGUAAGCAGCAGGUUCAGGUUGUCGGGUUGCAAGAGAGAGAGGUCAAAUGCACAGAGGAUGUGCUCAAACUCAUCGAGAUGGGCAACAGCUGCAGAACAUCUGGCCAGACCUCAGCUAACGCUCACUCGUCUCGCAGUCACGCCGUGUUUCAGAUUAUUCUCCGCAGGAGGGGCAAAAUGCAUGGCAAAUUCUCUCUCAUAGACCUGGCUGGAAAUGAGCGAGGGGCGGACACGUCGAGUGCCGAUCGGCAGACGCGACUCGAGGGGGCGGAAAUCAACAAAAGUCUCCUGGCACUGAAGGAGUGCAUUAGGGCUUUAGGUCGGAACAAACCACAUACUCCGUUUAGAGCCAGUAAACUCACCCAGGUCUUACGAGAUUCGUUCAUCGGAGAGAACUCAAGAACAUGUAUGAUUGCAACAAUCUCUCCUGGAAUGGCGUCGUGUGAAAACACAUUAAACACUUUGAGAUACGCCAACAGAGUGAAGGAGUUUGGGAUAAGCCCUUCAGACAUUCCCUUCUCGCAGGGGGGCGGCGGUCGCUCUGAGCUCUCUCCUACCUAUGAGUAUGAUGACUUUGAUACCUCACCCAGCAGGGUGAAGGAGUUGACCAUUGACCCCAGUGCAGUGAUGGAGUGUCGGUCCGGAGGUCACUCUGUCAAUCAGCUGGACGUGUUGGAGGCUCAAUGGGGAGUCGGCAGCUCUCCUCAGAGAGAUGACCUCAAGCUGCUCUGUGAACAAAAUGAAGAAGAAGUGUCUCCACAGCUCUUUACCUUCCAUGAGGUUGUGUCUCAUCUAGUGGAGAUGGAGGAACAGGUUCUGGAGGACCAUCGGGCUGUGUUUCAGGAGUCCAUACGUUGGCUGGAGGAUGAGAAGGUGCUUUUGGAGAUGACAGAGGAAGUGGAUUAUGAUGUGGAGUCUUUCGCCACUCAACUCGAGCAAAUUUUGGAUCAAAAGAUCGAUGUGUUGACGGAGCUCAGAGAUAAAGUAAAGUCUUUCCGCUCUGCUCUUCAAGAGGAGGAACAGGCCAGUAAGCAGAUAAACCCAAAACGUCCUCGAGCUCUGUAGUUUCACUGCAGCACCAGCACACAUUAUGCUCAACACUGUAUAUUCCUGCCUCAAACACCUUUUUAACGACCUGUCUCAGUGUAUGUACAUGAGUACUGUUAGUGUUGUGACCAUUUUUAUUCAUCCAAGAGAAGCACAUUUUAAAGCCUAAUUGUAUAAGAAAUAUAGCUAAUUUCAGUUCUGACUAAAAUUAAUGAUUGAUUCCAUUUAAGGCCAUAUUGUGAUGAAAGAGAACUUGUGAUGUUCAAUUACUUGAGCAAAUGCAUGCACAAACCAGCUUCGAUUGUACAUCUGCAUCUGAUUUGACUGUCUGUUCAGUCUGUAAAUAUUUCAUUAACACAUUUUUAAUGCUUUUCAAAUGUAUAUACAUAAACCUGCUCCUCUAUUUACAAGAGUUUGCCAGUUAAUGAAAUACAAUUAUGCUCUCCCAAUGUAGAGAAAUCUCCAGAUUAAUACUUAAAAUUAUGGAUGUGAUUUCGACAGAUAUUAUAACAUACAGUGAUGUGAUAAAGUAUUUGCCCCUUCCUGAUUUCUUCUACUUUUGUGUAUUUUUCAUACUAAAUUGUUUUAGAUCUUAAAACGAGAUAUAAUAUAAAACAAAGGCAACCUGAGUACACACAAAAUACUGUUUUCAAAUAUAUGUAUUUUUUUAUUAAAGCAAAAAAAGUUAUCCAGCACCUAUAUCACCCAUGUGAAAAACUAACUGCCCCCUUAAACUUAAUAGCUGGUUUUGUCACCUUAACAGCAACAACUGCAACCAAACGCUUCCGAUAACUGGAGAUCGAGAUCAGCCUUUCACAACGCUGGUGGAAUUUUGUCCCACUCUUCUUUGCAGAACUGCUUUAGUUCAGCCACAUUAGGAGAUUUCUGGUAGAGAGCAGAAUUCAUGUUUCCCUCAAUUAUUGCAAGUCGCCCUGAAGCAGCAAAGCAUCCCAACACCAUCACACUACUACCACCGUGCUUGACCGUAUGUAUGAUGAUCUUUUUGUGGAAUUCUGUGUUUGAUUUACGCCAGAUGUAACGGGACACUUGUCUUCCAAACAGUUCCACUUUUGACUCAUCAGUCCACAGAACAUUCUCCCAAAAGAUUUGAGGAUCAUCAAGGUGUGUUCUGGCAAAAUUCACAUGAGUCUUAAUGUUCUUCUGGGUUAGCAGUGGUUUUCACCUUACCACUCUUCCAUGGAUGGCAUUUUUGGCCGGUGUCUUUCUGAUAGUGGAGUCAUGAACAGUGACCUUUAUUGAUGCGAGAGUGGCCUGCAGAUCCUUGGAUUUUGUCCUUGCCUUUUUUGUGACUUCCUGGAUGAGUCAUCACUGUGCUCUUGGAGGAAUUUUGGAAGGUCGGCCACUUCUGGGAAGGUUCAGUAUUGUGCCAAGUUUUCUCCAUUUGGAGAUAAUGGCUCUCACUGUGGUUCUUUGGAGUCCCAGAGCCUUUAAAAUAGUUUUGUAACCCUUCCCAGACUGAUGUAUUUCAAUCAACUUUUUCCUCGUCAUUUCUGGAAUUUCUUUCGACCUUGGCAUAGUGUGUCACUGGGUGAGACCUUUUAGCCAACUUCAUGCUGCUGAAAAAGUUAUAUUUAGGUGUUGAUUUGAUUGAACAGGGCUGGCAGUAAUCAGGCCUGGGUGUGUCUAGUCCAGCUGAACCCCAUUAUGAAUGCAGUUUCAUAGAUUUGGGGAUUUAAUAACCAAAUGCUUUUUCACACAGGCCCAGUUGGUAUUGGAUAACUUUUUUGCUUCAAUAAAUAACAUUAUCAUUUAAAAACUGUAUUUUGUGUUUACUCAGACUGCCUUUUGUAUUAUUUUAGAUUUUGUUUACAUUUUUUAAAACAAUUUAGUAUGAGAUAUAUACAAAAACAAGAAAUCAGGACUUUUUCUUUACUUUUUCACAACACUGUACAUUACGACGGACAAAUAUUUAGUACUUUUGGGGGGAAAAGCCCUGAUAUUAUCUGUCCAAAAUAUAAUGUAAAUCAGAUAAAUUAAAGGUCAGUAUUGCCCAUACCGAUAUACUGGUGCAUUCAUUGUUGCAAAACAAAAGCUGCACGACUGCAAAACAGAUGAUCUCUAUUGAGACCUACAGGAACUGACUAGUUUCAUUAUAGUUACUUAUCAUGACAAAGUGUUGCAAGGAUGGAAAGGGAUAGGCUUCAAUACGUAUUUGCAUUGUUGGGUUAUUUUAUUUGAUAGAGGGAUGUAACAAAAUUAAAUGCAGUGUUGUACAGAAGCGCUGAACCGCAAGGUGAAAAAACAGUUUUUUUGUUGUUUUUUUUUAGGUGUCUUAGUGCCUUCCUGAGCUAAGACACACAAAAAUAUUUUUUUUUUUCUCCUCAAGAGGCAACACAUGAAAUCUUGUGCUGUCAAGGUGACAGAAUCUGAAGGUCUCCAAACAAUCAGAAGUAACUUCUGAUUUCAUGUAUUAGAAGACUUUCUAAAAUUAUAUUUUUUUUUUCUUGAGUAAGAUUUGCAAAACAUUCUUGUUAUUGUAUUGUACUAGAAGUAUACAUGUAUAGAUCAACAGAUAAAGUACCACAGACAUUCAGUCUUGUCAGCAUUGACAAGCUUACUGAUAUUGGCACAUGGUGGCCGAGGUUGGUAUCACAUGCUAAUUGUUAGCUAGCAAGAAAAAAAUAUCUAAUGUGUUGUGGAGCAAAAAAAAAAAGGGGGAAAAAAUAUUUCUUAGUUUAAAAAAAAGGGGGAAAAAAUAUUUCUUAGUUUAAAAAAAAGGGGAAAAAAAUUUCUUAGUUAAAAAAAGGGGAAAAAUUGCAGAUAUUUUUUUUUUAUUUUCGUGCAGGACAUAGGCUCAGGAAGGCAAUAAGAUGCCUAAAAAAAUACAUUUCACCUAGUGAAUUUUUUUUUCACCUUGCAGUGCAGGGCUUCUGUAGUGUUGCACCUGCUUUUCAAUAAGCCACUAUGAAAAAAAUCUUAGCUAAUUCUGCUCUGAUGGACAAUCAAAAAAAUUAUUUAGAAAAAUCUAACUUUACAUGGUAGUUUUUUUUCUGCAGAAAUCAAAAGGGAAUUUUGUUACAUUUUUGUAAAUUAAGAAUUCUUGAAAGUGUUCAUUAGUAAAUUCUAGCUACUGGUUUUAAGAUGCUAUUUAUAAAAGCAGUCCAACAUGAUCCCGUCUAUUAACAUUUUAAAAGUGUCCUUUUAUUUUAUUCCAUUUGAAAAGUUGUGUGAUGGGGAGAGUUGAAAUAUUCCCUGAAUCUGGAACUGUCGAUGUUUCAUUCAAUGUAUUGCGGAGCUAAAAUAAAGAGCCAUCCGAUAACUUCA